UUUAUGUAACUUUUGUAAAUAUUUUUAUAACAAUUUGUUUAAUAAAAGAUGGAGCCACGUUCCAAUUUCUGAUAUUAACUCAUCUCAUAAUGCCCAUCCAUACGUCGCACACGUAAAUAGUUGCGUGUUAACCUUAUUCACGGUGAUCGUUUAUGAACAUUUAAUUAUAUUAUGUAGCAAUCAUUAUCAACAUAUAAUAAUAUAAAAGUAAAAUUAUUUAAUUAGUAUCACACUUAAAAUGAAGGAAACUUAUGUAUCAAUUUGUGAAAGAAAUUUUGUAAAUAAAGCAGUAUCAAUCGACACGCGAUUAGAUGGAAGAACAUUACUGGAACCACGUUUGUUACGAAUUAAUAUUGGCUCGAAUUGGGGUUCUUGCAUUGUAUCACUGGGACAAACAAAAGUUGCUGCACAGGUAUCAUGUGACGUAAGACAGCCUAAAACAUCAAGACCAAAUGAAGGCAUGCUACACAUAAAUGUUGAGUUUAGCGCUUUAGCAGCGCUACAUUUUGACAAUACUAAACAAUCAGAAGCUACUUCAUUAAUUAAUAGACAACUAGAAAAGUGUUUAAAGGACUCCAAAUGUGUUGAUUUAGAAUCUCUAUGUAUUGUUGCUGAUAAAAAGGUUUGGAACAUAAGAAUCGAUGUAAACAUUAUAAAUCACGAUGGGAAUUUAAUAGAUUGUGCAUCGAUAGCUUCUCUAACUGCAUUAAUGCACUUCCAUAGACCAGAUGUUACAUCAACUGGUGAAGAAGUUAUAAUACAUUCUUUCACUGAAAAAGAUCCUUUACCUUUAACUCUUUACCAUCAUCCAGUCUGCAUUUCAUUUAUUACAUUUGAAAAUGGAAAGACUGUUGUCGAUCCAACACAUUUGGAAGAAAGAGUAGGUUCUGCCAUUUUAACAUUGACUGUAAAUUCAUACCAAGAAAUUUGCAGUUUAUAUUUUGAUUACAUAGAAUACACUUCUUUAGCAGCCGAUGUUAUUCCAUUAGUUACUAAUUUUGCUGCAAAUUAUGCAAGUAAAUUAGUAAAAGAAAUCAAAGAAGUAGUAAAACAAGAUAUCGAAGCAAAAUACAAAAAAGAAACUCCAAAAUCGAAUACUUUCUCUCAUUGUAUUGCUCCUGAUAAAAUAAUGUCAAUGAUUAGCGAACGAAUUAAUAUAAAAUUACUCACAUGGAAAAUUUGUAAUGAAGUAGCUGUGGAUGAACAAAUGGUUGAUGACAGUGAUGAAGAACAAGGUGAAAUAUUUAACAUAGGAGAUGGAACUGCAGAUUUAAUAACGAAAAAUAUCGAUGGAGUUGGAGAAGGUGGUAAAAAUACAUGGCAGUCCUUAGAUUCUUCAGAUAAUGAAUUUGAACAGUACAAAGACAUUGAAUAUAUUGAAAAGAAAUCUUCAGAAAAGAUUAUUGAUGACAUUGAAUUAAGCGGAAACAGCGAAGAAGAAACCACAACAGUUUUAUCAAAAGAAGACUUAUUAUGAAUUAUCAUAAUUAGUGAUAAAUGUAAAUAUUUAUACAGUUAAUUAUUCCUUAAUUAA